AUGGUAGGAACUAUAUCCGGUGAGAUUUCAACUAUAGAAGUUUCACCGGCCCCGUCUCCGAUCGAGCAUUCGUCUCACUCUCCGUCGCAAUCAGAAACCGAAAUGUCGUCUACUCCGUCUCCUUCACCAUCGAACUCCGAAUCGAGACCUCCUGAUGACAUUUACCCGCCUCCGUCAAAAUCUCCGGAAGCCGGUGAUCUUCUCAACUACACCGAAGUUAGCGGAACGGAAGGCGAGAAAUCCUCCGGGGGCGGAAAGAAAGGCCGGAAUCGCGGUUGGAGCAAUUGCAGCGGCGAGUAUGGUCGGCGUCGGUGGAUACGUGUUGAAGAAACGGCGAGAGAACCUUCGUCGAUCGCGUUAUGA